UUUAUCUUUUUUAAACGGCAAUUAAAAAGCCAUAUCGUGAACGUCUUGAUUUGUCUGUAUUUCUUUCAUCGAGCUUUAAUCUUUAUAUUCUUCUUGAAACAUCAAGUUUUUCAUAAUUUCUCUAGGCGAACAAGAUAAAGUAUUGUAUUCUUAAGUCGUUGACAGCAUUUUCAGUUUGUACAACGGAUUACGAAGCUGAUUAAACAGCUCCUGGACAUAGCGAACGAUAAAGGCGUGAAAAAUUACCAAGAAACAAGAGCUAAAGAGAUUAAAACUGAAGCAGAGAAGAGAGCGUUUGCUAUUCAAACCAACCAGGAGCAUAUUGUGAAGAAAGCUUUUGAGAGACUUACAAAACGCUUGGACGCCCAGGAAGAAAUCAUAAGGCAAAGCGAGGAAUGCAUAGAGAGUUUAAAUCUUCAACUUACUCUUUGCACGAAAGGAGAGAGGUGGAAGAUAAAUAGAGAGAUAAAGAAACACCAGAAAAUUAUUGAUCUUGCUGAAGCACGCAUUGAAGACGAAGAAGAUAAAGAGGAAUUGAUUCGGAGAGAAACUAAAUCAUUGCUCGAAGUUUACAGAAAGAACCAGUCUCUUUUUCGAUCUGUGUCCGAGCCGAACCUCUUUCAAAGCAACAUUGAACUAACGGAGGAAAAGCCCAUUGCUUUUGAGGAGUUUAGUCACUGUGAUUCCGAGCAAAGAAAAGAAAACCCACCGAGUGAAGAAAGUAGCGGUGAAGAGAUGAAUAGUAAUCAGCAAUCUCGAUAUAGCGAAAGUGGAGGUCGUACGGUUGUCAAAACAAUACGAAUAUCGCAAAUCCAGGAUGAGACUGAUAAUUCUCCUUCAACAAGGCCUGUUCAGAAUGUUGAAAGAGAUAUCUGGACAACACAGGAACAUUUCAACGAUUCUGGGCAACAAAAGUCAGUUCGUAACAAUUCUGGAUGGCAUAUGACAAAAGAAAUCGUGUACCCUGCACAUUCAAACGAAGUAGAGACAUUCGCGGAAGAUGAAUGGUCAAAGUUGCUUGAUAAAGAGCGAGAUAAUUACAAAAAUCAGUAUAAUUCGGGUAACACAGAGCAUUUAGGCGGUGGUGACCAACAAAAGUCUUUUCGAAAUAAACCCGAGGGGCAUAUGACAGAAGAAAUAGUUCAUUCGGCGCAAUCGAGCGAAGUUCAGUCAUUUCCGGAAGAUGAAUGGUCAAAGUUGUUUGAUAAAAAUCAAAGAAAUUACGACAAGCAGAAUGACUGGAGUAGCGCAGAGCACUCGAAUGAUCAUGUGCCACAAGAGCCCGUUAGAAAUGAUCCUCCUGAUUCGAAUAUGACAAAUGAAAUUGUAUGCGCUUCACAAUCACACGAAGUGCAGUCAUCAUUUCCGGAAGAUGAAUGGUCAAAAUUAUUCGACAAAGAGCAAAGUGAUUACAAGGAUCAAUGUAAAAUAAGUAACACAGGGCAUGCGAGAGAUCGUGGAACAGAAGAGUGGCAUAUGCAGACGAACGAAGAAAUUGUUUAUCCGAUGCCCUCCAAUGACGUACACUCAUUUCCAAAAGAUGAAUGGUCAAAAAUGUUUGACAAAGAGCAAAAUGAAAGCGAGAAUCAAUAUGAAGAAGCUGAAACAGUUUGCGCAAUUCUGUGACUUGGAGUCGGCCAGGAAGAAACCAAUCACCCAGCAAAGAUACAGAACGUAGACAUAUUAAAGGCGAGUUUGCUGAAAGUGAGGAACAUCUAUGGGUCGAAAAAAGAAGUUCAGAUGACAGUGAGGUUGAAAACGAACAGGUUUACGAAGUGAACCCAAAGGUAUCCAGCGACUCAUAUACAGAAAGACGUGGUACAAACACAAGCUGUCAUUCUGUGAAGAGCAUUUCACCUCCAAACAGGGAGAAUAAUGUCAGAGCAGUUCCUCAAUCAUCAUUUGAAAAACCAACGAAACAUGACUAUAAUGCUUCAACUGACACUGGUGUAGAUCCCUGGGAAAUGAUUCAGUUUGAAAAAGAAAAAGAUUCGCAAGAUACUGAAAGACAGGAUUCCUACAGUUUUGGUAAUGUUGCAAAUGAAGAUUAUGAUGACGAUUAUAUCGAUGAGCGCACUCAAGACAAUUUUGAACGAAGUGAUAGAGAGAUUCUUUCACCCAGGCGAUUGGACCCAUGUCGAUUUAGUGAAUUUACGAAAUCGUCAUACAUUCCAGAAACAGUCAAGGAAAAGCCAUUAAGACAGCAAUCCCGAGACAAAGCUAAAAAUCCACCCAGACAAUAUAAUGGCUAUCAAAAAAUAGUGAAAGAAACUGACGUAACGAUUGUGGAAAGUUCAAUCUAUGUCGAAGAAGAAAAUACAAGAAACUCCCAACAAAGGAAUGCUAGUGAUGAUUCAUUUGAACCACUGAGAAAAAAUAAGAACGUACAUGAUCGGCAUUUGAGUUUGGAAGAAGAAGAAUGGGAAAGAAAACAUUUAAGUCCGAAACGUUUGGACGAAACAAGAUGGCUGAAUUUUGUUAACGAGGAUAAAGGUGAUGUAAGAACAACGUCUUCAGCACAACCUGGCAUUUAUAUACAAGAAGAAAGAUCCAGGGUCAAAGACCUUUCUGCAGAUGUCAGGUCAUCGCCGAAGUCGGAAAGAUUGAUUGAAAUAAAUGUGGAACGGAGUCCUGCUUUAAGAAAGCUGAUUAAGCAAGAUGAAAUUUCAGAAGAGCCAGUACGGAAAGUAACGACGAGGGCAUCGGUACAGAGUAGUCCUUCGUGGAAUGAUGCCGACGAAGUGGUGAUCAUAAACAGAAAUCAGUCACCUAAAAAGGCAGGAGAUGUUUACAUAUUGGAAUCAAAGAAUGAUAACAUUUCUUCAGAAAGAGUGAGGCCCAGAAGUUUGAAGUACAAAGAAAAAGUUAAUUUCCUAGAUGAAAACAGUAACUCAUUAAGCAAAUCAAAUCCUACCUCGCCGACACGUAUAAAACAUACUGUUAUCAUCGAGGAUGAUGAGCAAACAAUUAAUCACGAUGAUAGUUAUCUUAACAGAAAGCGGGUUGGAAAGGUGAAUUUAGGUUUAUGGGAACAAAACGCCUCGUCUCAGAGCCAUACGAAUAAUCCUAACUUGUCUGUAAAUGCCAGUCCAACCUUUGAAAACAGAAGUAAGCCAAGAAGUCCAAGUAAUAAGCAAUCGUCAUUCACCGUAAAUGGUGACAAUUCGUCCCAACGUGACCUGGAUCAUAUGAAUAAGCAAUCAAUGACAGAACGCAGCCCUCAGGAAGACAGUGCUUACACCAGUCAACGUUCACUCAAUAAGAGUAUGUCAGAAGAUGAACUGGCAUGGGAAAAAAGGUUCAGCAAAACGUACGAAAGAAAAAUAUCUGUAGAAGAACCUAAACAACGAAAGAUAUCAGACCAAAGAAUACCUCGGCUGAAUGAUGUUGAUGAGAAGAAUCACGUCAAUUUUGGAACAAUUUCACUGGAUGAAGACGAGGUCCGCCGUGUUCGUAAACAUAAGACAGAUGUCAGAACGAAAGAUAAUUAUAGCAAUGAAGAUAGUUAUAUCGCACUAAAAUCAUCCAGUAAACAUGGUCAAAGUUUCAAUCCGUCAAAAUCCAGUCCCAAUGCUAGAUAUUCAGUCGGAGAUAUCUCCCAGUUAACUGAAGAAGAACUGUCUUGGGAGGAAAAGACAAGCAGGCCAGGUCGAUUAGAUCUGUCUAAGUUUUCACAGUUUAUAUAGGUCGUAUACCAUAUACUGACUGUCAAAUACUAUACAUCUACACUGUUAGUCAAGCGGUACAAUCUUAUACUAAUCCAUGUGAUGAUACACAACAUUUACUUCAAUAGUAUAUCAAAAUAAAAUAGUUAAUCACUUACAUUUUCACGAAAUUUAUACUUACGUCGAUGGGUACGUCACAGGGCUUUUUAACUAUAAAAUGUGUUUUUAAUUCCCCCCCCCCCCCAGUGAAUGAGAUCUUUUUCUUUUACAAAGCAGUAAAUAUAGGAUCUAGUGCAAUAUAUAUCGUGACUCUGUGCCGUGUCAGAAAACGUUUGGAUGAUAUCCAGGAGCCUGUUGUAUCAAGCCCGUUUUGCUUAAACGGCGGAUAAGUCAAAAUUAAAUAACACUCUUACAUCUCUC